GGUUGACUCAUGUCCUUCGCGCAAUCCGCUUAUAAUGCCAUUUAUAUCCAUUCUCCAGAUCAAGGGGUACUCUGGUAUGAACAUUGACUGGUUGAAGCAUAGUUCUAACCCCUAAUCCUACAAGCCUAUCGCCUCGCCCGGAAUUACAUUUCCCUAAGGCUACUAAUAUCUCCACUGUCAUAUCCACUUUGAUGGGUUCCCCAAGGCCUUCCUCGGCGUUUCAUAUCGUCACAAAUGAUCCGCACGCACUCGUUCCUUUACUAAAGUCUCAGCUUCCUCAUUCGAUUCCGUUGCUACGGCGCCUCCAGCAUGGUCUAGCGUAUCCUUCAUCGACUGCCAAGAUUCUGACUACCUUCUCAGGGGCAGAUGCGCCAAUCUCUCCGUGGCUGGCUGCUUAUGUGGAUCUCUUCGCUGGUCGCGAGACCCAGAUUGUAAUCUACUCAAGCCUCGAAGCCCAUGCGACGUCCCCUGUCAUUGACGGGGAUUUUAUCUCGACUCUACGUGCUUCACAGGAGUCUCUAGAGCAGGCUCGUGCGCAACUAUUGGCUCUACUAUCGCAUGUCAAGACACAUAUGUUACCUGAGUACCUGUCAUCUAUCAAAGGCUUCGGGUCCUCCCCUAUACCCAACAAACUGGGUCUGGAUCCCGCAUCCAAACACUCGGGUUUGAUCCCACCCCCACCCCCUGGAGCUUUCCUAAUUGGCAAUCUACAUACGGGACUAUUUUCCUUACUGAAAGCCUCGGGAGAGUACACAUCUCCGGAUCCUGUUCCAGGGCUUCGGAUCCACCGCUACGAUUAUCCACCAUACGUCAAGUAUCUAUUUAGGGGACAAAAUUUCGUAAAAGAUAGCUCUGACAGCACUGACAGUUCUCCGGCUCCGCUUCCAGAUGGCUUUCGCUUCGCGAAUAAACAGGGCCUAGUCGGCGUCCUGCCGCAUCAAUACGACCUGAUACGGUUUCGUACCAGUAUUCCACGCUCUCGUGAAACUUUAGCCAAGCUCCCUGGAGUGACUAUUUACUCCGAUCGGGAGAUCCAGCUGCGACCACACUUGCCUGACAACUCGGGCGCUGCUGAGUCAGAUGAUCAGCCUCCACCCGGCGAAAUGCCCAUUGCCUGGGCCUUUUUGGGUAUUGACGGCGGUUUAGCAACCUUGCACGUUGAACCGGAGUAUCGGGGUCAGGGGCUCGCGUUAUAUGUCGCUAAGGAGGCUAUGCGCCGCGGGAUGGCCGAGGGUGGCAUCUGGCGGGACGGCGGAGAGGAGGAUGAGGUUUGGGUGCACACCAAUGUAUUGGAAAGCAAUCUCGCUAGUCGGCGGGUAAUGGAGAAACUAGGAGGUGAGAUUGGAUGGACUUGUACCUGGACUGUGGUGGAAUAUGGUAUAUAGAUUAUGUUUUUGUAC